CUUGUACGCCUGCUGCAUGCCUGAGCCGGUAGCUCGUGCGGAACAACAACAUCGUGACGCACUUCGAUUUUGUGACUCCACCCGUCGGCACGCCACAUCCGGAUCUGUCAUUGUCUUUCCUGUCACGUCAGUAUCUCGUGCAUGAUGGCUGCGGCGAGUAGACGUCGUUUGGGCACCACCUAUCCCGCCUUCGAUCCUCUGCCAGAAUGGAAACAAGCGGACUUGAAGCGUUUGCAUGUAGUGUUGGAGUGGAUUGAGAGGGGUCAGGACCACGUUUUAGUUGGUGGCGGCAACUUCUUGAUGCGGUGUCGCCCGUGCGACGAGGUGUUUUUCUGGUUCCAGAUCCAGAGGAGUCGAGCACUUCACAAAACAAAAAGCACACUGCCACGACGAACCGGUGAGAUCUUGUGGCGAUUGCAGCGGGGAGGGGUGACGCUUAAGGACCCGCUUUCACAGAGAUUGACCGCGGAGCAUGCGCAUCCGUUGGAGGGGGCGAUGGCUAUGGAUGACAUGUAUGGAGGCGAAGGUGGUGUCCUGCCGGAUGAGCCUGUCACACAGACACAGGUCCCUGCCAUAGAACAGGGCAGAGGUGAUGCAGAUGAUCGUGCCGAGGAGCGUCCAGUGCGUACACGUGAUUCAGAUGAUAGGCGCGACCACUUGCGGUCACUCGUCGGUAUGACGGCUCCAACUGCUGGGGGAGGGGCGACAACGACUCCUGGGAGCCAAGUUGCAUCCACAAAUGUGGCAUUGAGAGUGAGACAGUCGACCUUGGAUCCUUUCAUAGGGAACAAGGUGCAGAAGGAUCUCGAUCGUCUCCUGGCACUUGCCAUGUAUCAAGGCGGUGUUUCCUUCAACUGGCUGCGGUUGAAGGAGACGCAGGAUUACUGGGAUUACAUUGUCACACUCUUGUGUCCAUCCAUCCAUUGUGCCAGUGUCACGACUGCUAACAUACGAGGGAGUCCGGACAAGGAUGCUGGACAUUAUCUACCACGAGGUCGCGGCACUCAUUGCCCCGAAGAAGGCAAAGUGAGCGGACACCGGAUGCACGUUGAUGACGGACGGGGCAACGGACCAGAGGAACAAGCCCAUGACGUUGGGGUCGACAAUGUGAAUGCGAUUUGCACUGAUAAUGCGGAGGUCAUGAAGGCGGCGGCCAAUGUUCUGCAGUCCCACCCUGACCCUGCCAUUGCACGCAUACCUUGGAUCCCAUGCGCAACACAUUGCCUGAGCUUGCUGCUGAGAGAAAUUGCUGCACAACCUUGGGCUAGAUUGGUCAUGAAGCAAGCACACAAGUUAGUGAAGUUCAUGAGAAACAAACAGAGGGUGCUCGCGCUGCAUCGAGGCACGGAGCAUGCUCUGGACCUCAGGCGACUGGCGGAUACUCGCUUCGGGAAUGCUUUCAUGAUGUUGGAGAGGUUGUGGGCACAUAGGUUCAUGCUUGACGAGGUGGUGUCAUCGGAUAAGUGGAGACGUGCACGAUGGGCCGGCGAUGCACGGACUGACGAGUCGGAGGUCCGCAGACUGUGUAGAUCUGAUUUAUGGUGGCAGCAGGUGAAGAGAGUGAUGGACGUCAUGGUGCCGUGUUACAAUUUCCUCAGGGACAUGGAUCGUGACGGGUCGUCACCGCCCGGUUUGUGGGAUUUGCAGUCAAUCCUUGAGAGGAAGAUUGAUGCGCUGCAGUUGGAGGAGCGUGAGAGGGAGGCUGUCAUGGAAAUUGUGGCGGACAGAGACGAUGCAGAGGAAGAGAACAUCCAGCUCGGCCACAAGGACAUCCUUGCGUCACCUUCACAUCCACGGGCGACAGAGAUCGGGUCAUCAGGCACCGCGAGAGCACAACGCCUCGUUCGUUCAGAGUCUUCUCAUCAUGAGGCGCCAGUCACCGUCAAUUCCAUAGGUCUGGAGGCACAUGCUUCUGCCACGACAGGGUCCCUUGCUUGCACCGGCAACGUGCGGGGGACGAACGGGUCUUCAAAGGCUGUCGUGCACUAUGGUGCGGUGCACGGGGCAGAGCAGAGGCUGCAGGAUAGCAUGGGUGAUAGGUCUGCUCAUGCAACGGAGCAAAGGCCACAACACAGGGAUAGGGUGGAGAAGGUGGUAGAGCAGCAUGCAAAGCGUUCAGGGGUCGGACAGACUGUCGUACAGACGGUGGAUAAGAGAGUGGACGAGGUAGUACAGGACUUGACGGGACAGAGGGUUGAGGAGAGGGUGGAUCAUAGUGCAGAUCGGAGAUUGGAUGAGAGAGCACACCCGCUGGAUAGGGAGGGCAUUCGUCCCAUGGUCGUGCAGACUGCAGAGCAGCGUGUGGGGGUGGGUUUGGCCGCGAUAGUGGAGCAGAGGGCGGAGCAGAGGGCGGAGCAGAGGGUACAUCCAUGUGCUGCCUUAGGUGUAGAUCCUAGGGUGGAGCAGAGGGUGGAGCAGAGGGUGGAGCAGAGGGUGGAAGUUAGGGUGGAUGUUAGUGUGGAGCACGACGUCGACCAGGGGAGAUCAGACAUCGUUCGCGAGAGAGUGGGCGAGAGGAUUGACGAGAGUGUCGUCGGAGAUGAGGGCGGUGUGAUGGUGGAGGGGAGGGUAGAGGAUAGGGAUAGGGAACCCCCGCAGGAGAGUAGUGCACGAGACAUCGCACUCACCGGAGCUUCGUUCUACGGGAUUCUCCCGCUACCCCCAUGUGCCGCACAGUCCUCGCAGGGGGUGGAUCUUGGUUUGCUUGGCAUGUCGUCACCACAUCGCGUGGCACCUCAGGAGGGGGGAUCUAGAGGGGUCAUGGGUGGUGUCGACCACGGAUCCAGCCAGGCGACACAGGGAGGAAGACGCAGCCUGUUAUUUACGAGUCACGUACCCUCGACCAGUCUUGCAGGCAUACCGCCGCGACCCGGACCAGGAGCCAUCCAUUCACCCCACUCAUCCACGCUCAGUGGGGGCUCUAGUCUUCCCACGUCAGCACGACCGUCAUCAUCCAGGACGAUUUGCACGACCAUGCGCAGUCCACUUGGGAUGCCCCCGCUUCCGCCCCGACGACCAUCAGCCAUCCGCGAUAAUGUCAAGACGAGUCGUGCCGGCAGGAAGAGGAGACAGAGGGAGGACGAUGGAGACGAGGAUCCACCCCCCUCACGCCCCAAAGCAGGCACCGGUCGAGCACGUGGCCACCCACGUGGCUCGGGCAGAGGACGAGGCAAGCAACAAUCAUGGGCGCUGAGUGCACUGGGGGAUGCUGAUGUAGAGACUGCUUAUCUUAGGGAGGGGAUCGCUGCAGGCGGCGGUGUCUCCGGCGGUAUCCGUACUAGAUCUCAAGCCGCCCGCAGAGAGAGGCAGAAAACCUCUUCUCGCGUGUUUGUUCGACGAUGAUCCUGAUCGUGAUGAUCACGGCAACACAUCGGAUGAGA